CCCCUCUCUCUAUAUACGGCGCUCGCCCCAAAUUUCAUUUCAGUCUGAGUCGCCAGAAAUUGAAUCAGGAAAGCCAGAUUUUUGUGGCUUUUUUUGUCGAAGAUUUGAUUUUCUGUAAAAAUUGGGGUUAAAGAGUCUUGUAUGGGCGGGCGGGAUAUGCUGUUGGCCAAGCGGGUGAAAAUGGAGGGUGAGGGUAGUCUUGGUUUAAGCAGUGAUUCUUGCAUGGAGAAAGGCUGCGGGUUUGCAUGGGAUUUUUGCGUCUACAAUGACAUGCAACAACCCAGCCGCGUGACGGCUGAUGGCUCGUUUCAGCUGUUCGGCGCGCAGCUGUGCUUGGGCGGCGAAGCAGAAAAUGCGAGCUUGUGUGAUGGAAUAGGCGCUGUGGUCGGGCAGCAUAUUUUGUUCGGGACGGGCAGUAAUGGAGGACAAACCGUUCUGGUGCCCACCACCGGCGGCGCCGGCGGCGGGUGUUAUUCAGAGGCGGCGAUGCAGCCGACCAAGGAGCCGAGUUGCAGAGAAGGGGGUUCGAGCGGAACGAAUAAUGGUGAAAAAGAAAGCGGUGAUAAUAAUAACAAUAACAGUAUUGGGAGGACUUUUAGAGGGGUGAGGAAGAGGCCGUGGGGCAGAUGGUCGGCGGAAAUUCGGGACCGAAUCGGGCGGUGCAGGCACUGGCUUGGUACUUUCGACACUGCCGAGGAGGCUGCCCGGGCCUACGACUCCGCUGCCCGCCGCCUCAGGGGUGCUAAAGCUCGGACUAAUUUUUCCAUUCCCUCGCCUCUCUGUGUUCCUCUCACCAAGCCCGCCGACGCCGCCGCCAUCAAGAGAAGCAUUGCAAAUCGCACUGAAUGCACGCCCGUUCAGUCUCCUUCUCAUUUGUUCAAGUUGCCUCACCAGGAUUUGAAGCGGCCCGCCGCCUCCUCGACUGACGGCGCCGCCACCCAAUUGACUCUGGUUUCCCUUGGAAAUGUUGGGCCUCAUGUCCCUAAGCAGAUUCGAACCGGGGACGUUACUAAAGGUUCUCGUGUUAAAGUUGAAUUGGACCUCAAGCUCGGCGUUCAAUGCCAUAGCCCACCGGAUUUUCAGCAAGAAGCUGCACUCCUGGCUAAUGCAUCAUCCGCUUUGAAUGUGGCUCACCCUACCUGGUGGCUCAUGAAUGCAUAGAUAGUAUAUAAAUCCAUGUAAUAUAUACAUAGACUUGGGUCUCUAAAGGUCUCUAAUUCAAGGUAUAUAUACAUAUAGUACAAUUCUUAGUUGAAGCAUAUAUACUUAUACAGUGGAAUUUCUUAGUUUUGUUCUAAGCGGGGAUGGGUUUUUAAUCCCUAUCUUCUUCCCUUUUUACUCUUCCUGAUGCAACCACUGCAGCCAACGGUUCUCGUAACUGUAUGGAUUUUGUAAGCGCAGAGGCUGUGCUAUCAAUCGUCAGUUUUAAACUGUUUUGAGAAAACUUAAAUGUAAACAGUAUCUUUAUUUUAUA